AUGGAUAUAUAUAAUAUUCCUAAUCCGGUGAGCCAAACAACUAAUGAACAAGUUACGCACGAAUCAUUGACUGAAAGCAAUGAACACGAUACAACAACAACAGCAUCAGCAUUGACACCUGCACCUACACGAGCACGCAGCAAUUCGGUGUUGCAAUGGAUGCAGAAAACUUUGUCACACGCAAAAGAAACUCUUAAACACCCUGAUGACUCGGAUAGGCGCAAACGAUCUUCAUCAAUUGAACAUCAUCAUAGUUCAAGGCAUCAUGACGAUACUAAUUCAAAAGAAAGACCACGUCCUAUCAGUUAUCAUCACCACAGUCACACACGGCCUAGAACACAGUCUAUGAGUUCAACACAGAAAAAAAUCAUUUCUGAUACAGAUGAACAAGCGCAACAAAGACCAUCUAUAUUUCAAUUUCUUAUUUAG